UCUUGAUUCACUUGCUUUGAUCAAGUCUCCACUACCAAGAAAGUCCAAAUCGAAAAAAGACCCCUCCAUCCAAGUCAGGUGAUCGAAGCAAUUGCCCCUCCCCCUCCUUCCUGGGCUAUCAACAACGAUAAAAAAAUCCACCACUAGGCUCAACCAGAUUGAACGAAUAUUGUACCAUCGCGAAUCGCCAAGAUGUUGGACAUUGAGGAUUUUAUCGAGGAGCGCGGCGGAAACCCCGAGAAGAUCCGAGAGAGUCAGCGUCGCCGACAUGCUCCUGUAGAGCUGGUUGACGAGGUUAUUGCCCUUUGGCAAGAUGCGCGCAAGACUCAGUAUGGAGUUACACAGAUCGGUACACAAAUAAACGGCGUUCAAAAGGAGAUUGGCCUCAAGAAACGAGCCAAGGAGGACGCGACCGAGCUACUUAAGCAGAAGGAGGAGUUGACAGAGAAGAAGAAGAUCCAGGAGGAGCUUGCCGCGGCAAAGAAUGCCGAGCUCAAAGUCAAGGCAAAGCUCGUCGGAAACUAUGUGCACGAUUCCGUCCACGUCAGCGACAACGAAGACAACAACACCAUCGAGCGAACUUGGGAACCUGGGACUUUCGACAAGACCAAGCAAGCUGCUCUUUCCCACCACGAUGUGCUGCUGCGACUUGGCGGAUACGACCCUGUUCGAGGAGUCAAGUUGGUCGGCCACCGAGGUUACUGCUUGACUGGCUACGGCAUGUUCCUGAACCUUGCACUCGUCAACUAUGCCACAGCCUUCCUCUUCAACAAGGGCUACACCCCUAACCAACCUCCCUUCAUGCUCAACCGCGACCAGAUGGCCAAGACUGCACAGCUCUCUCAAUUUGACGAGGAGCUUUACCGUGUUUCCGAAGGACCUACACCUUCCGAGUCGGAUCGAUACCUGAUUGCCACCAGCGAGCAGCCCCUUUCCGCCCUUCAUGCCGAGGAGUGGAUCCAGCCCUCUGAGCUCCCUAUUAAGUACUGCGGUUACAGCACUUGUUUCCGAAAGGAGGCCGGUAGCCACGGUCGUGAUGCCUGGGGCGUGUUCCGCGUGCACCAGUUCGAGAAGGUUGAGCAGUUCGUCCUCUGUGGCCCCGAUGACAGCUGGGACCAGUUUGACCAAAUGAUGGCCAACUCCGAGGAAUUUUACAAGUCCCUUGGACUUCCUUACCAGGUCGUGGGUAUCGUCACAGGUGCGUUGAACAACGCUGCUGCCAAGAAGUACGACUUGGAGGCAUGGUUCCCCUUCCAGAAGGAAUACAAGGAGCUUGUUUCUUGCUCCAACUGCACAGACUACCAGACCAGAGAGCUCGAGAUUCGCCAUGGUUCAAAGAAGGGCAAGCAGAUCGUUGGUGGCGGAAAGAAGGAGUAUGUCCAUGCUCUGAACGCUACACUCUGUGCUACUGAGCGAACACUAUGCUGCAUUCUUGAGAACUACCAAACAGAGGAAGGACUCGUUGUGCCCGAGGUGCUGCGAAAGUAUAUUCCUGGCGAGCCUGAGUUCUUGCCUUUUAUCAAGGAGACCCCCAAGGAAGCAGAGAAGACCGAAAAGAAGGAGGGCGGCAAGAAGGAGAAGAUCCUUCCUGUUCGUGAGACUAAGGCAUAAAUGAGUGCAUUCUGUCGAGAUGAAAUGGGAUGUUAUAGAGGAAGAACAUGUGUUCUGUUUUUGAUGAUACAGCGUAUGAUGGGAAUGCAGUAGAAAUCAAUCAAAAUCAUCAACAAGAUAGCUGGUCACCUAAACAAGCUGGACGAAUCUCUGUUUGUUCAAUAUGUUGGUACUCGUCUCUGAACAAAGCUUGGAUGAAAGCUUGAAUACAGGUCGGAAGAG